AUGAAAGUUCUUAUCACAGGCGCAACCGGGAAAAUUGGCAGUGCUGCCUUAACUCAGUGUCUUGCCCAUCCCGACAUCACCUCGGUUGUUGCCCUAACGCGUCGAAGCCUGCCAGAAAACAUAUCUUCGCACGCAAAGCUAGAAACAGUCAUAAUGGAGGAUUUCACUCAAUGGCCACCCGAGCUACUGAACAAGCACGCUGAUGCCAAGGCCAUGAUUUGGGCAUUGGGAUCUUUUGAGGGAAGCCAGAUGGUGGAUUUUGAUUGGCCGCGAUCUUUCCAGGAGGCUAUGAUCAAGCAUCGUAGCCAGCAGUCUGAUCCACCUGCACCAUUCAGAUACAUUCACCUCAGUGGCAAAUUUGUCCGACAAGAUCAGGACACAACACUUUUCUUCAUGGGAUUCCAUAGAAGACUGAAGGGACGCCAUGAGAUGGCGGCUAUUGCGCUUGCUGAAAAAACGGGUCCUUGGUGGGAUUUGAUCAUUGUUCGUCCAGGCGGCGUAGUUGGUGAUGGGGCGUUCGGCAGUGUUAUUACUGCGUUGGUACCUGGGAUGAUUCAGGAUAAAGAUCUCGGUGCUUAUAUGGCCUUUUUGGCUGCUGGGGGAGCUGCUAAGGGGCCUAUAAUCUACAACGAGCAGAUAGUGAAGGAAGGGAGAGAACAUUUGAAGGCACUGGAGGGCAAUUAA